CUUAGGUCUUGAAGACCGUCUUAGGUCUGGAAGAUCUGGUGAAGGAAGAUCAAGAUCUUUGCUCCAUCUGUUGCAUCGAUAUCUCUGUUUCCAUCUCUGUCGCCAGGUCGAAAUGAAGAUUCACUCUAUCUCUCCAGGCAUACAACUCAAUUAUUCCCCUCUACGCCUCAACGCAUUCCCUUGUGACAGUUUCCAAUUUUCCUAGUUUCUUUAGGAGAAAUUUUUUUGAAUGAAUUUGUUUGGGAGAAAUUUGAAUUUGUUUCAAUCAUUAAUCAAUUUCAAUUGAGAAGGUGGUCGAAAAGUUGUAAAAAUCACUACUACUUCUAGAAAUUCUUCGAAUUUUUCGCCAAUCAAAUUUUCCUUUUCAAACUAGUUACGCGGUCAUUGCCAAACCGCAAAUAUAGGAACGGGAAGGUUCUUCAACAAGUUGUAUAUGUAGAUUUUACAUAAAAUCAUAGGAGAUGUUGUAUUUGUUCUAAAGACGAGAAGAUUGAUAGUUCGUGUAGCUGUAGUUCGAUUCCCACGUGUGGUAGUUGUAAGUUCGUACCUAGGACGAGGAGGAUAACAACAUAAGUAGACAGUUAGGACUUUGUAUAAUUACUGGCUUCACGACCCUAAAGAACGGAUUGCAAUGCAAAGCCCGCACCACAUACCGACGACAUGCCGCCACUGCCCAGCAGCUGCGCGCCGCCUGCCUCAUUAAACAGAAUGCCCUCGUCGCCUACUUGAUUGCCCUGAGGACGAUCUCUUCCAGGAUCAAUGUCCUUGAAGUAAGCCCGCCACUGCUACCGCCCGCGCCAGAAACACUAAACACAUAUUAGACCAAGAAGAUGAAAGGGAAACGCCAUUUCUCAGCCCAUGCAAUCCGUUCGAAAUUCAAAUGGUGCCAACAUUUUUAGCUCCAAUUCUUUCAUUCUUUGAUUUAAGGUAAAAAUAAAGAAGAUAAAGAUUUUUCAUACAUUUAUUAAAUCUUCUAGCUGCACUACUUGUGGUUGACAUAGUAGAUCUUCAUUACCAUCAUCAACUCCAAGCAGAGCAUCAACAUCAUGACGGCUGCUCAGCAAGUGGCUGCGGAUGCUAACCCAGGAGCUAGCGAUGUGCAUGUUCCGCUGAGUCCAUCCGCAGACCGCGGAAAUGACGAAGUCCUCUUGAACUUAAGGCUACAAGAAAUGCAUAUCGAUCUUGACAGGCAUCUUCGUUCCCUUUGAUCACAACGCCAGAACCUUUCAUCUUGAUAAACAAAGGGGAACAAGGGGGAUUUUUAUCACUCAUCUUGAUAAACAAAGGGGAACAAGGGGGAUUAUCAGGAGUCAUCUUGAUAAACAAAGGGGAACAAGGGGAAUUAAUAUCAGUGAUCUUGAUAAACAAAGGGGAACAAGGGGGAUUAUCACUCAUCUUGAUAAGCAAAGGGGAACGAAGGGAGAUGCCUGUGUUCCGUUUUCAAGAGAAAACAAAGGGGAACGAAGGGAGAUGCCUGUCGUGAAGAUGGAUUUCUCCUCCUAGUUCUUCUAAUAGUCGCUGACAAGAUCCAAGUGGAAGGAGAGCAUGUGCGCGCGGACGAGGAAGAAGAGGAUGAUAUCAUCUGUCAGGAGAUCGGGUCUCCGAGAGAAGGAGAUGACGACCUCACAGGAGGAAUUAGCUUGGAUGAGGUACUUUUCGUUUUCCACAUUCAACUAGUACAUCUAUGCAGUAGAGAAGUGAGGGUGAGUAGUCAUCUGGAUUUUUCAUUUUUAACCUGGUGGAUGAGGUAUUACUAUUAUCACAAUUGCAUAUUGAAGUAGUAAUUUUCGGAACUCUCGUACUUCUUAGACAUAGAAGGAGUGAGAGGAAUUCGUUUUUCUUGUCGAUCGAAUGAAUUCAGUACUGAUUCUGGUAGCUGAUUGACAAUUCAGCAAGAUGAUAUUUAGAUCAACGAACAAGGACAAGAUUAUGAUACGAGACUCCUUUUAGAUUCUAAAAAACUUUAGAAGAAGUAAUAUGAUACGAGACUCGGACUCCUUUUAGAUUCUAAAAAACUUUAGAAGAAGUAGAAUCUUCUGAAAAACCUUGAGCUUGAUUUUCCUCCAGGUUCGCGACGAGUUGAUGCGCAUUAAGCAGCGCUUGCCAAAGCUGAAAUUUGAACUCGAGACGGACGAACAUGUGAAAAUGCUCACCGAUUUUCGAACUGAGGCCUGCGAUUUGCCGCUUCGCCAGUGUCUUGUCAAGCGGGGCAAAGGUUGCCUGAAAUACCACAGUCAGCAACACUUCCGACGAAAACUGCUGCAAGACGACGGUGAAACCCUAGCCUACUUCGAUAUGCUCUGUCGUUUCGGUGACACCUGCCCAUUGAUGGACGACUGCCCCUUCGCGCAUAGCAAAGUACUAUAAUUGACUGUUGUACAGAAUGAGAAUGCUAGUCAACGUCCUCAAGAUGUUACAAGGGAAUGGAAAAUUUGGAUCAUUCUAUCUAUUCUGUGUACUUUCUUUUUCUAUCUUUUUAAUUUUGAGUCUCUCUACAACUGUUGUUGAACAAGAGGAAUGAGUUCAGUUUCUGCACGUUCUCUUUGAAGAUAAAAACUGAAUUUUCAAACUAACUGAUAAUCAACAUUCAUUUCAGACCGAGUUAUUGGUCCAUCCUGCGAAGUACAAGACUCGCUGCUGCGACAGUUUCAAGUGCUUCGACGACAACUGCUGUUUUGUACACGAAGGUGAGGUCGACCGCCGCACAUUCGCAGUGCAGUACUCUUUCGUGACCGAGGCGCAUCCCGAUGACUUUGUCCCUUUGACAGAGAUUCCGGGUCAGGAGCCUUUGGAUAAGCCCAAAGGCGGCAAACUGUGUGGCUCCUUUCCGAACCCGAUGAACUGCGUGUACGGUCCGCGAUGCCGCUUUGCGCACAAAAGGUCCGAGUUGGGAUCUCUGUUGUUCCGCCAAAGCGAGGAGAGCGUCCAGGACGUGACUGACGAAUUCCUUAUCCUGAAAUACAAGACAAAAUGGUGUCCGCAUCUCUACCAGCACAACUGGACCUACUGCGUCUACGCACACAACUACCAGGACUAUCGACGAAAUCCGCAGGUAUACACUUUAGUACACUUUGAUUUAAAUAUUUGAAAUUGAAUGGGGCUAGCGUGCUAGUGCUUCGAGUUAGUAGCUUAAUCUUUUGUGUGAAGCAACAUCGUGACGAAACACUACGACGCCCUUAAGGCAGUCUGCACUGAACUUUUUGCGCGAUUUAUUGUAUUGCAUUAUACUGGAGCUAGGUUUUUCGCUGCAGAGGAAGUUUCUACUCUUAAUAUUUUAGACGUUCUUUCUCGUCGUCUCGCGACUAAACCAUCUUCUCAUCUCAAGUGACUUUCUCUUUUACACCAUCGAUCCACCGCAUCAGAUCGGCUACGGACCUGUGCCAUGCCCGUUCUGGGAUCCGCGCGACACCGCGAAGUCCAAUUAUAACGAUCGUUGCAAAUUCGGAGCCCAGUGUCCCUUCUCGCAUGGUAGCAAAGAGCGCGCGUACCACCCGCUCAAUUUCAAGGUAAUGACCUCCUUCACUUUAAGAUGUUGUGAUUGCCUUUUGAACUAGGACCACUCUGUCUAGAAAAAGAUGCUGAUAUACAACUUUUUCUCAAACUCUUUCCUCGAGCUAACUACUCACCUUUAACAAAAAUAGUAGGCUAAAUAUAAAUAUACGUUUCGACUUCGAGGACACACCACAAAUCAGGUUUCCACAUGUCAAGACAUUGGUCCGAACGAUUGUCGUAAAGAUUGCACGCGUGAACCGUUCUGUGCUUUCUACCACGAUGAGGGAGACAAACGUCCGAUCGUUCCGCACGUGAUGAACUACAGUAAACCUCUGCCACUGGAGAACAUUGUGCAAUUUCUUCAAAAAGACUUCUUCGAAGCAGGAAUCGGGUACUAAGUGAGUGUAUAUGAAACUUUGAGUGUUUUAAUAGUUGGAUGCAGAUGAAAUUAAAUUGAAAGUAUGACGACUAAUGUCAACAUCUGAUAGAUGGUUUUUGACGUUUUUAUUCAAAUUGCUUUUGCUACAGGUCCAAUCCGAAUCGACUAACAUCAUCAUCAUUCAAAUUACUACAAGACUUCCCAAUCGCACCUUCACACCACACCAAGUCUCCCUUUCCACACGACCAGAUACAACCACCAAGCCAAGCGGCUGAGUGAGCAGGACCGUUUGAAGAUUUUGAAGAGUCCAUCCCUUUCCCCAGUGAAGAAGGCGUGCUUGCUAGAUGGCGUGAACUUCGUGCAGCCGAUCAGCAACUUGCGUCCCUUCCGGGACUCGGUGCGGAACAUGGAAAAAGCGGCUCUGCAGAAGGAACUGAAGAACGCCGAGCGUCGCGCAGUAGGUGGCAAGCUCGGCAAGCAAGGACGUCUCUUGGCUAUCGCCGAUGGUUCCCCGACAAAAGGCGGAAAGGAAUACAUGAAAGUUAGGUCCUCCUCUACUCGAAGAUCGUCAUCCAUCUCCUCCAUCUCGAUCUAUCUCCUCCAUCUCCUCCAUCUCGAUCUAUCUCCUCCAUCUCGAUCUAUCUCCUCCAUCUCGAUCUAUCUCCUCCAUCUCGAUCUAUCUCUUGUUGUGACUACCCUGGCUGACCUACCCUGACUGAGUCAGUGAGUAGUAGAUCUCGUCUACUCUGGAUUUCAAGGCAGGUCUAAUCAAGUUAGUAGAACAGAGAGAGUAAGAAGAGGAACUAACUCAAACUCAAGCAGGAGGGAUAUUAAUGACAAUUGACCUGGAUAUUAAUGACAAUUGACCCAGGGAUGCUGAUCGUGAUUGACGUCCGCCUAGUACCUCUUCUACUACCUGUACUUCUAAAAAAAGCGCUUCGCCAGGAAAGGGCGGCAAAGGCAAGGAAGGCACGGGCAAGUCGAAAUCCGAGGGCUAUUUCGGCAAGGAUUACAUGGGCAAGGGCAAAGCUGACAAAAACGGCAUCAAGUUAAGGCUCAAUAUAUUUCAUUUCUACGAGUCAUUUCUCGCAGUUUACCUCUUGGGACUCUGAAGAAAUAGACGAAGGGGCGAAAUGAAUUGCUUUGCGCUCUAAUCAAGGGAGACAUCUUGGGCUACAAUGGCAGUGCAGCUGAUAUGAUGACACCAACAAACAAAGGGACUACAUACAGCAAACUAUACGGCUCAGCAGGCAAGGAAGCAGGAAAAAAAGGUCUGCCGCCGCCGUAUCCGCGAGACAGCAGUGUCAGCAUGUCGGCGAAAAAAGGUAAUUUGAUUUUCGAUGAGGGAUCUUUUUUUAGUUCUUUUAGGCUCAUAUUUAAGUCUUUGUCAUACUUAUUGUUCGGUUCUUCUAUAGGAUUCAUAAUCUAUCCGUGGUUUCCACCGAUCACCAGGUCCGCUAUCGGGCAAGAAAGGCGCUCUCGAUGCCAAGAAAGGGGAUGGGAAGAAGGGGGUGUCUACUUCGCUUCACGAAUAUAAUAAGCUGAAUUUGAGCAGUAGCACGAUUGCGUCGACAGCGGGUGCACAUCAGCAGGCAGCUGAAGGAAUGGCAUUUCAACAGUGGGGUGCAACGUACAGUGAUCCUGUUGAGGCGAAAACAGCACAUCAGCAGGUGCAGGCAGGAGUAGCUGCUUCUAACGAGUACGCGGCCUACUACAACAACCCGCAGUCACCAAACUACAACUCGCACUCACCAACGCAUGGUGGAGACUACAGCAACGCCAAUAACUAUCCGAGCUAUCCUAUCGACACCUCUCCGUUCCAGCAACGUCAAGGCAUGAUGGCCUGGGGCAACCCAAUGGUGCAUGCUGAAGGAGAGAUGACGCAGCCACCGCACGAGGCGCAAUACGCGACGCCACAUCAUCAACAACAUCUUGUUGGAGGAGCAGCGAAUGCAGCGCCGCCAGCCGCGCCACCACAGAACAACCUCUUCGAGCAGGGGAUCGCAGGAACAGGUUCUGUGAUGUCCUCCUCUGCGGAUGGAAGCGCUUCUAUGCUGCAGAUGAUGAGCAAUUUGCAGCGCGAAAUGAUGUUCGGCACUACAACUGGCGCCACCACGACCGAUGCGACUCCGUCCUCUAGCUCUUCUGCCGCUGGCGACUCCGCAUCCGUCAUCCCGUUGCAGCUCCACAAUCCCAUGAUGCAGUGGAACGCGUUUUCGCCUCAUGCUUCGCCAGUCCCAGCAGCCUAUUGGCCAAAAGACCAGAGCGCCGCAACAGUUGGAACGAUGAGCGGUACUAGUCUAUGGUGAUGUAACAGUCUAUGGUGAUGUAACUCCUUUGAAAAAAAAUCUCUUUUGAAGGAGGAAAUAAACGCGGCUAGUCUUAUCAAUCUGUUACUGUUUCUGUGUAUGGACGUCUCCCGACAUCGACUUUUCCUAAAUAAAUGCAUAGAUCUCACGCAUCUAGUUUUUGUAUAUCAGCCGGCUCCUUUUUUAGCAUAGAAAACCGCUGCGGCAACACGUUAAGGCUAAAACUGUUAAGGAAAUGCGCUACCCGUGAUAGCUCAGCAUCACAAUACUAGAUAGCUACGAGGUGGACACGUGCGUGCGAGUGUGUUGCUAGUAGAUAAUUUAAAUGUUCUGGGACUGGGAGUCGAUGAUGAUCACAAUGUUCCGGGGCUUGGACGUAGGGGCGCGGAGUGUAAUUAGGCGUAUAUCCAUGGUUGUAGUCAUUGUGCUAGUAUCUGUCGGGUCGCGGCUUCCAUGAUAGAUUCUAGGCAUUAUACAGAUAAACUAUGGCAUAGAGAGUCCGCGCCGGACCUCUGGUUAUACAGCCCUAGCGCUAGUGUUGACUUUGGGCAUUCUGCUGCGGCUUCCGUGCGAGGGUUUUAAGGUUACCAGUUUAAAAUAGCUAUGGGCCUUUUCUCUGGUGGUGGGUUUAUUUGGGGAACCGGUACCCCAUAGCGAUAGCGAAUAAACGCGUGCACACAACCAGAGAGCUGAGCACUCACCGGAGGCGUUGCGCAGGGCUCCGGCCUGCCUUCGAAGGUGAGACCUUUGGGGCUGACAGGACGACGCUAGCGCCGGCGCUUACUUAGUUUUAUCAGAUAAGAAUAUACUUGAUAGAGGCGAGCCUUAUCUUUUUUCUACCACCUUCCUCUGGUCUUUGUUUUUCUAGUUAGGUCCGUCUGCUCCACCCCAAUUAAUUUACAGACGGAAAUAAGCAGCUCUAAGAAUCAAAUUGACUUACAUGUCUCGCACAUGAUCAUUUUUGUAAAGCAGACUUGCUUCUUACUUUGUUCUUGAACCAACUUCCAGGUACGAUGGAGCAGAUGAUGUAUAGUCAGCAGAUGACCCCGCAAGGUAUGCCAAGUCUGAUACUGCCGUCAUCUACCGGCAACUGAAGACGUGGUGAGGACACGGAAGAUUCAGGAUAUUAUUGUCAGAAAAGGCCAACAUAAUAACCCCGUCCUGGUCAGGUCGAGCCCUUACAAUGAAUGCCGCACCUAGAAGUACGCGGGAGGAAUGUGAUGAAAACACAAGUAAGUGGCUACAUACAACAUGAACAUCAAUCAUCUAAUUCAAACACUGCAUAGUCGAAAGCAAAAUCUUCAUCUUAAGCAAUGAAUGUAUAGAAAAACAUGAAAUACGACUUCAAGAAACUUCUACUCAGCUAUGGAAAACAUCGAAGAUGCUCAUCUAUUAUGGAAAGACAACAAGUACAAGGAAAACGAAAAGUAAAAGGGUUUGAAAUGCAUAUGUUGAAGGUAACGCGCGCCAAAUGCACAUGGAAGAAUACGAAUAUUAGAUACUGAAGACUCAAUUUGGAUCUUCUAGGCAAAUUUGUGAGUGGUUGCGCACGUAUUCGCAUGUGCUAAUAUUAAGUAGUACUAUUUUCUAUUUGUAGAUGAACAAGGUGGAAGUAGUUCGUUGUAGUAUUCAACAACGUGUGGAUAGUUCUGUAGGAGGCUAACAUAGAAGAGGUACGUUGGGUCUUUCUGAAGGACAUCCAUACGAUCACAACAUACUACGCACAUGAUGAAGCGAUGACAUAUAUCUACAUACUACAUAGACAUAGAAGUGCAAUUGAAUUGACAUUGAGUGCAACAUAAACUUGACGAAGUUUAUUUAAGGUUCGAAAUUUAUGGGAAAUCUAUCGACAAGUUAAUCACGACAUAACAUGCUAGAACAUAGUUGCGCAUAGUCCUCAUGUAAGAAACCACUAUUAGGAAAAAGAACAAGUAGUAUAAUUAGUACAUACUAAAAAUGCGUACGUAAUUUUUCUAUCAAAAAGUAAGACCAUGGGAAACAAGCUCAAUCUGUUUAAUCAAUCAGUCUGUUCUUCUGGAAACAUCAAAUUAGACUUAUCUAUCAACACACUAGAAGUAGAACUUUUGUAAACGGGCUGCAUCAGGGAGGUAGGCACACUAUUAAUAAUAACAAUCUACUUCUGCGCAUCAAGAAUUUUAAUAUCGUUCGAGUUCGACAAGUAUUAAGUAUCUAAAUUUACGUAGUAAGUUUAAGUAAAUCAAGCGAUGAGGAAUUUACUUUCUUAUGAAAAAACGAAAUUGUGAUUCAGUAAAUGACUACUGAGCUGCAACACAUAAUCCUACUAGUCAUAGCCAUGAUAUUACAUCGGAGCACGCAUUCAUAGCAAAACACACGGCAUAAACAUGUAUUCUGCAAGAAGCUUGAAGCUGACGACAAACGAACCUGACUCUUCUUGAGGAUGCAUAGUACGCACAGAGUCUUCUAGUAGAUCCAACUAGUAAUAGCGUAGUGAAUUUUUUAGCGAAGUAACUAAGAUAUUCAGUUGCAUGAUUCUGAAAAGCACCAUUCGUCAUAUCAAGCACUCGUCAUAUCGAACACGAACUGCAUAGAAACACAUACAUCUACAUAUUAAAAUGCUAUUUUCGAAGAAAUAAAUCUAUCCCUAACCUAAAAUGUACACUACGACUACACAGCAAUUGGUCCGUAUAUCUUGUACUUUUCCAGAUGAUCACAUGUUGGUCAAAGAUGACUUCCUCCAAUGUGGUUCCUCUUUGUUUCACCAAGGUAACGCAGGGUGGUCUCACCCACGAAGGGAU